UCUAUUGUGCUGUGAGCCUCUACGUUUGGCCUUUGCCAGAGUAUAAAAGCUUGGGGUCGAGCGUUGGAGGCACCAGCACGAGCCAGCCUCCCACACACGGCACUGCAAGCUUUACUAACGCAGACUCUCCUGAAGCCCCUCACCAUGUCUCAGACCGCCAAGUCCGCCUCCAGCCAGGGCACCGACGCCAAGGACAAGGGAGCCCCCGCCCCCGCUGCCUCCAGCAAGGCCACCAAGACCGGAGAGCCCGGCAUGGGAUCCUACAGAAUCAUGAUGUUCGACCAGGAGAACUUCCAGGGCAGGAUGAUCGAGGUCCAGAAUGAGUGUAUGAACGUGUGUGACCGUGGCAUGGAUAGAGUGCGUAGUAUCAUUGUGGAGUGCGGCCCCUUUGUUGCCUAUGAGCAGACUAACUUCCGUGGGGAGAUGUUCAUCCUGGAGAAGGGAGAGUAUCCUCGCUGGGACACCUGGAGCAACUCCUACCGCAGUGACUGCCUCAUGUCCCUCAGGCCCGUCCGCAUGGACAGCAUGGAGCACAAGAUCUGCCUGUAUGAGCUCUCCGACUUCAAGGGCAACAAGAUGGAGAUCCAGGAGGAUGAUGUGCCAACCCUCUGGGCGCACGGCUUCUGUGACAGAGUGGGCAGCGUGAGGGUCCCUGGAGGAGCCUGGGUGGGUUACCAGUACCCCGGAUACAGAGGCUACCAGUACCUGUUUGAGUGCGGUGACUACAGACACUACAACGACUUCUCUGCCUACCAGCCCCAGAUCCAGUCCAUGCGUCGUAUCAGGGACAUGCAGUUCCACCAGAGAGGAUGCUUCACCUUCACCUCCGCCAGCAAGUGAAUGAUAUGACACCCACUGGCCGCCUGGUGCUGUCGUAGCCACGCAGCCCUCUCAGCCUUUUUAUUUCUCCAAACGCCCAUCCUUUCCUAAAUCCCCACCACCACCACCAUCAUCAUCGCUCCAUCCCAAAGGAAAGACAGAAUGAGAGCAAAUAAACGGGACAACGAUCACUGACUUUUUAUGGUGCUAAAAAAUAAACAUGUUGUUAAAAACCUGAAA